UAUCUUUGCCUCCCCAGCUUUACUCUACAAGCAUGUCCUCAGACUUGCAGCCGUGUGAUGAAGCGAACCAACUGACUUCCAGAGAGCACCGGAUGAAGGAAACCCGCUGCACGAGUAGCAGAAAAGCCUGAGAGCAGGGGCACCCCAAGUUGACCCCAUCCGGAGACUUCUUCCUGGGCUGAACACCAUGGAGACUGUUUGACAGUGGAAGUGGAGGUUUACUGUACAGUAGCUCAGCUGGAGUUCCUCACCCCUUCAUGACAUGCAGUGAGCCGAUGCCACCAGCAGGUGCAAAGGCGAUGCAACGCCUGAACUCUAACUGAAUAGAAGAACAUCCCCAAGACCAGAUGCAAUGGAGAUGUUCAAUUUCACCAACUUCACCUACUGGAAUGCCUCAGAAGGCAAUGACGCAGGGCCUGUCAUUGAACCAGAAAGCCCAUACAAGACUGUGGAGGUGGUGUUCAUCGUAUUGGUGGCUGGGUCCCUCAGCCUGGUCACCGUUAUUGGAAAUAUCCUGGUCAUGCUUUCCAUUAAGGUCAAUAGGAACCUACAGACUGUCAACAACUACUUUUUAUUCAGCCUUGCAUGUGCUGACCUAAUCAUCGGGCUGUGUUCCAUGAACUUGUAUACAGUAUACAUAGUGAUUGGCUACUGGCCCUUAGGGCCUGUGGUGUGUGAUCUGUGGCUAGCCUUGGACUAUGUAGUGAGUAACGCAUCUGUCAUGAACCUACUCAUCAUCAGUUUUGACAGAUACUUCUGUGUCACAAAGCCCCUCAGCUAUCCUGUCAAAAGGACCACCAAGAUGGCAGGGAUGAUGAUUGCUGCUGCCUGGGUCCUGUCCUUCAUUCUGUGGGCCCCGGCCAUCCUUUUCUGGCAGUUCAUCGUGGGCGGGCGGACAGUGCCUGAGAGGGAGUGUUACAUUCAGUUCUUCUCUAAUGCAGCAGUCACCUUCGGCACGGCCAUCGCAGCCUUCUACCUGCCCGUUAUCAUCAUGGUCAUUCUCUACAUACAGAUCUCUAUAGCCAGUAAAAGCCGGGUGAAGAAAGAGACCAGGAAGCCGUCAGGGCCCAACCCAGAGGCCCUGUCCCACGAGCAGGCAACGGCCAGUAAUACUGCCAAGCCCAUCAACAACAAUCUGACUGCAGAGGACACAGAGCAGGGCACAACCCAAGCCACAGAUGACGUGGUGAACCAGCAUGAAGGUAAACUGCAGAACGGCAAGGGCCCGUCCACCACGGGUGGAGAGGGGGAGAUGGAGGGUGAAGACGGGGGAAGGGAGACCUGUGCCCACGGAGAGGAGAAAGAGAGCUCCAACGACUCGACAUCUGGCAGUGCAGCGGCGUCCAACCACAAAGAAGAAGAAGCGGUACCAUCCAGAGCAAACUGCAACACCGAGCUCGUUCAGCAGCCAACCCGCCACCGGGCCAAGGCAGGCGGCUCCAAACUCACCUGCAUCAAGAUUAAGACCAGUUCUCUCAAGGGGGACUGCUACACGCCCUCCAACGCCACGGUGGAGAUCGUCCCCGCCACGGAGAAACAGAACCAUGUGGCGCGGAAAAUCGUGAAGAUGACCAAGCAGCCGCCCAAGAAGAAGAAAACACCACCAUCUCGGGAGAAGAAGGUGACCCGUACCAUCAUGGCCAUCCUGGUGGCCUUUGUGGCCACCUGGACCCCUUACAAUGUCAUGGUGCUCAUCAACACCUUCUGCUCCAGCUGCAUCCCCAGCACAGUCUGGACUAUCGGCUACUGGCUGUGCUACAUAAACAGCACCAUCAACCCCGCCUGCUAUGCCCUCUGCAAUGUCACUUUCAAAAAGACAUUCAAACAUCUCCUCCUCUGCCAAUACAAAAACAUUAGGUCAGCUAGAUGAAUAUAGAUGUGAGUGUGUGUGUGCGUGCGUGUGUGUGUGAGAGAGAGCGAGAGAGAGAGAGCGAGAGAGUGAGAGAGAGGGAGAGAGAGAGAGAGAGAGAGAGAGAGAGAGGGGAGAGAGAGAGAGAGAGAGAGAGAGAGUGUGAGAGAGAGAGAGAAGAGAGAGAGAUAGUAGAGAGAUAGUAGAGAGAGAGGGAGAGAGAGAGAGAUAGUAGAGAGAGAGGGGGUAGAGAGAGAGAGAGAGAGAGAGAGAGAGAUAGUAGAGAGAGAGGGAGAGAGAGAUAGUAGAGAGAGAGGAGAGAGAGAGAGAGAGAGAGAGAGAGAGAGAGAGAGAGAUAGUAGAGAGAGAGAGAGGGAGAGAGAGAUAGUAGAGAGAGAGAGAGAGAGAGAGAGAGAGAGGGAGGGAGAUAGUAGAGAGAGAGAGAGAGAUAGUAGAGAGAGAGAGGUAGAGAGAGAGAGAGAUAGUAGAGAGAGAGAGAGAGGGAGAGAGAGAUAGUAGAGAGAGAGAGAGAGGGAGAGAGAGAUAGUAGAGAGAGAGAGAGAGAGAGAGAGAGGGAGGGAGAUAGUAGAGAGAGAGAGAGAGAGAGAUAGUAGAGAGAUAGUAGAGAGAGAGAGAGAGAGAGAGAGAGAGAGAGAGAGAGAGGAGAGAGAGAGA